AUAACCUAGGGGCAUGAAGUAAGGCCUUUACCUCCAUUAACUUGUAAACCAUUUCGCUCGAACGAACUAGAAAAGUGUAAACCCUAAACGAGUACGGUAAAACCCUACCUCACUUCCACUUUCCCUCUUUGCUACUUCAUCAGCAAUGUCGUCUAUGAUGCAACCUCAGAUCAUAUUGCUGAAGGAAGGGACGGACACGUCCCAAGGGAAGGCACAGUUAGUGAGCAAUAUAAAUGCGUGUAUGGCUGUGGCUGAUGUGGUGCGUACCACCCUUGGUCCUAGGGGUAUGGACAAGCUGAUCCACGAUGACAAAGGAACCACAACUAUUUCUAAUGAUGGUGCCACUAUAAUGAAGCUUCUAGACAUAAUUCAUCCUGCAGCAAAAAUACUUGUUGACAUCGCCAAGUCCCAAGACUCCGAGGUUGGGGAUGGAACCACCACAGUUGUACUGCUUGCAGGAGAAUUUUUGAAGGAAGCCAAACCUUUUAUUGAAGAGGGUGUCCACCCUCAAAAUCUUAUUCGUAGUUAUCGAACCGCUUCUAAUAUGGCAAUUGAGAAGGUAAAAGAAUUGGCUGUUAGCAUAGAGGGAAAAAGCUUGGAAGAAAAGAAAAGUCUGCUUGCUAAGUGUGCUGCUACGACUCUGUCGUCAAAGCUCAUUGGAGGGGAGAAGGAAUUCUUUGCAUCCAUGGUUGUGGAUGCCGUUCUUGCAAUUGGAAAUGAUGAUAGGCUGAACAUGAUUGGAAUUAAGAAGGUCCCUGGAGGUAAUAUGCGGGAUUCCUUCCUCGUAAAUGGUGUUGCCUUUAAGAAGACAUUCUCCUAUGCUGGUUUUGAACAGCAGCCAAAGAAGUUUGUGAGCCCCAAGAUACUUUUACUGAACAUAGAGUUGGAGCUAAAAUCAGAAAAAGAAAAUGCAGAGAUAAGGCUCUCAGAUCCAGCGCAAUAUCAGUCAAUUGUUGAUGCAGAGUGGAAUAUCAUUUAUGACAAGUUGGAUAAAUGUGUAAAGAGUGGGGCCAAGGUUGUUUUGUCUCGACUUGCUAUUGGGGAUCUUGGCACACAGUACUUUGCAGAUCGAGAUAUAUUUUGUGCUGGCCGUGUCGCUGAAGAGGAUUUGCAGCGGGUAGCGGCUGCCACUGGGGGAACAGUACAGACAACUGUGAACAAUGUUAUUGAAGAGGUUCUCGGCUCUUGUGAGAUUUUUGAGGAGAAGCAAGUUGGAAAUGAAAGAUUCAAUAUAUUCAGUGGAUGUCCCUCGGGCAAGACCGCCACUAUUGUCCUUCGCGGUGGAGCAGAUCAGUUCAUCGAGGAAGCUGAGAGAAGUUUACAUGAUGCUAUUAUGAUUGUUAGAAGGGCUGUGAAGAACUCUACAGUCGUUCCUGGAGGUGGUGCUAUAGAUAUGGAAAUAAGCCGUUUCUUGAGGCACCAUGCUCGAACAAUUCAAGGGAAAUCUCAGCUCUUUAUAAACUCUUAUGCAAAAGCUCUUGAGAUUAUUCCCCGUCAGCUAUGUGACAAUGCUGGUUUUGAUGCAACUGAUGUGCUGAACAAGCUCAGACAAAAACACGCUCUUCCUUCUGGUGAGGGUGCACCUUAUGGAGUUGACAUUAAUACUGGUGGCAUUGCCGAUUCAUUUGCCAAUUUUGUUUGGGAGCCAGCAGUUGUGAAGAUAAAUGCUAUCAAUGCAGCCACUGAAGCAGCGUGCCUCAUUCUGAGUGUAGAUGAGACUGUGAAGAAUCCUAAGGUAAUUUUGACUUUGUGAAACCAUUGUCUCCCCAAUUUGUCUAGCACUGGACAUAAUAGAGUAAUAGACGGUGCAUAUU